AUGAUUGAAUCGAAUCAAGAAAUAGCUAAGCGCGAAAUAAAAGAAUCUUUGAAACUUAGCGCAUUUUGUAUGCGUCUUAUUGGAUUCUCUUUAAAUACACCUAAAACACCAACUUCAUUAUUUCUUCAGAGAUUAACGUUCGUGACAACUAUUUUCGGGGUAGGAAUACACGUUUUCAGUGAAGUAACGUUUCUUUGUGUUACCUCGGCGAACUCUCCGCGUGUUGAAGAUGUCGUUCCUCUGAUACAUACUGUCGGCUAUGGUAUACUAAGUAUAUCUAAGUUUGCUGUUCUAAAUUUUAAAAGAAACGUAUUUGCACAAUUAUUGGAUGACCUGACCUCAAUCUGGCCAGUGCCGCCUAUUGAUAAAGAAGCUGAAAAUAUUAAGCAAAAAAGUUUGAAUGCUUUACGGCUUAUGCAUAGCUGGUUCUUUGGAUUAAAUGUAUCUGGUGUGUGGUUUUACAUUAUAACUCCAAUAGGACUCUACCUUUACAACAAUUUGCGUGGGCACAGUUAUAAAAUCCGCACGGUUUGGAAAUCUUGGUAUCCUUUCAAUAUUUACAGUCAAACAUGGAUACAUGUAAUUGUGUACAUCUUUGAAAUAUUUUCAGGUCAAUCAUGCGUAUGGGUAAUGAUAUGCUCCGAUCUAUUAUUCUCUGGAAUGGCAAGCCAUAUUGUGCUUUUAUUAAAACUUCUGCAAAAUCGCCUAAGAGUGUUGGGAGAAAAUAAGAAAAGGGAUGAUGAAGAUUAUCAAGAAAUUACAGAAUGUGUUAAACUGCAUCAAAGAUUAAUCAGGUAUUGUAAUGACUUGGAGGACGCAUUUUCUCUCGUUAAUCUUAUUAACAUUUUAUUGAGCUCUGUAAAUAUUUGCUGCGUCGUUUUUGUUGUUGUCUUAUUGGAACCAUUAAUGGGAAUGAGUAACAAGUUAUUUCUCGGCGCAUCUCUUAUACAAAUAGGAGUAAUAUGUUGGUAUGGAGAAGAUAUUAUACACGCGAACGCAAAUGUGGCUGAAGCAGCAUACAACAGCAAAUGGUAUAAACUAAGUCCUCGAUGCAGACGCAGUUUAGCUUUUCUAAUACAGAGAGCACAAAAACCAAUUGCGUUUACUGCUUUGAAUUUUACUAACAUUUCCCUUGUUACUUAUUCAGCGAUUUUGACAAGAUCUUACUCGUACUUCACUCUUCUAUACACUAUGUAUAGCGAAAGCUAUUAG